GUUAGAGGAUGACUUUGCGUCAGAAUCACCUGCAGCCAUCCAUGAUCACCAAAACAGUCGACGAGAAGGGCUUGUGGAGCCAAAUAUUUGUAUCUGUGAUACAGUUCUCUAGAGAAAAAUCACACAGUAAAGAGAUUUUUUUUAAAAAGAUAUUCAUUAAUAGUGAGAAGAAAAAUAUGUUACAAGCUUUAACUGGGCUCCAAUUUCAACUGAAAGAACAAUUAGGAGCAAAAGAGAGGGAACUUCAACUCAGCCAGGAAGCAAAGGCCCAGAAUAUACAGUUCCACAUGCAAUUUUCGUAUAUACCAAUGUUUCAGAGACUUUUUCCAGAAAGACCAGAAAUUUCAUCAAGUCAAUUGCCAUCCCUUUCCAAGGUCCCAGCACACCUGGAACAACCUGCAAGGACGCAGCUACAGAAAGUCCCAAGACAGCCAGUGAAACCCUUCAUGACCCUUGACCACCAGAUAGUCACUCAGACUCUUAAACGGUCAUACCCUCCAAGUCCUGAGUUUCUGGUACAGCACGGACACCCACCUCCAGAAAGUGAGGCUGGCCUCUCUGGGGAUGCCCUCACCAAGUUGCUAACUCGUAGAAAAGAUGAUGACAAUGCAGAGUGGCAUAUGGAGGAUGUUAUUGAGGAUAUAAUCGGUAUGGAAUCAAGUUUUAAAGAGGAAGGAACAGACUCUCCUCUGCUAAUGCAAAGAACAUUAUCUGGAAGUAUUUUGGAUGUGUAUAGUGGUGACCAGGGAAUUUCACCAGUUAAUAUGGGACUUACAAGUGCUUCUUGUCCAAGUAGUCUACCAAUGAAAAGAGAAAUUGCAGAAACAGAUACUCGAGCUUUGGCAAAAGAGAGACAAAAGAAGGACAACCACAACCUCAUUGAAAGAAGAAGAAGGUAUAAUAUUAAUUACCGAAUCAAGGAGCUUGGCACCCUUAUUCCAAAGUCUAAUGAUCCUGAUAUGCGCUGGAACAAAGGAACCAUUCUAAAAGCAUCAGUGGAGUACAUCAAGUGGCUCCAAAAAGAACAACAGAGAGCCCGGGAAUUAGAACACAGACAGAAGAGAUUAGAGCAGGCUAACAAGCGUCUUCUACUCCGGAUUCAGGAACUAGAAAUACAGGCUCGUGCUCAUGGUCUGCCAACUCUGGCUUCACUUGGCUCAGUUGAUUUAGGUGCUCAUGUCACCAAACAACAGACCCUUCUUGAGCAGAAUUCAGUGGAUUAUUGCCAGCAAUUGACUCUGUCUCAGGGGACAAGCCCUGAGCUCUGUGAUCAAGCGAUGGCCUUCUCCGAUCCUUUGUCACACUUCACAGAUUUAUCAUUUAGUGCUGCUUUGAAAGAGGAACAGAGAUUGGAUGACAUUCUACUGGAUGACACAAUAUCUCCUUUUGGAACAGAUCCUCUGCUUUCUGCCACUUCUCCUGCAGUUUCUAAAGAGAGCAGUAGGAGAAGUAGUUUCAGCUCAGAUGAUGGUGAUGAAUUAUAAAAAAUGAACAGGCUCAAUUAAUCAACAGGGAUGCAAUUCCAGGCUGGUGCUAUGCAGUUAUGGUCUGUGUUUCAUAUAUUGCUUUGACUUAAUUCUUAAAGGAAUAUAUUCAUGAACAAACUGAUUAAACAAAAACAACAGAAGAAUUCACAGGAAGAAGAAGCAUAGUGUUGAAGAAUUAUUAAGAGCUGAAAGAGAUUUUUUUUCCCUCUUUGACAGAAUCCAAAUCUACUUAAAUUUUGUUUUCCUGGAAAGAGGUACAACAUAAACAAUAGCUCUCUAUUGAUGUAUUAAAAGUAGUAAUUUCCUGAUGUGCUACUGGAAUAACAAACUGAAAAGAGUGAACCUAUGGAAAUAUAUAGAUCUUUUCUUAGUUUUUCACUUAAAUCUCCUUCUUAUUUAACUCUUACAAUUUUCAUUUUCCAGAAUCAAGAACAACAGAUCUGGUGGUUCAUUGCCUUUAUCCAGUCUGGUAGACAUGGCUAAAGUUCAAGACUUAUAAGGGAAAUUAUGAAAAGAUAGAUUAGCUGUCACUUGUAAUUUGAAAAUGAAUCUAUAAUAAAUAUCAGAAUUCAUAACAAUAAAAUCAGAAAAUUUAUAAAACUUUGGUUUCCAAAGUUAGACCCUGGUUCCUUUUCUCAGUCUAAUUACACUAAUUCUCAAAGCAUUUUUGUUUAUUUACAGAGACAUACUCUGUUUAGACAAAAAAACCCCAAAAGAUUAACAUUGCAAAUUAAGGAACACUCUGGAUAUCACCUUCAAAACUAUAGGCUAGAAUUUUAUCUCUUCACACAAACUUAUACCCAUGCACAGGCACACAUGCAGACAUUUUUUUUUUUAAUCUUUGUUUCAACCUUCUGAUUUUCUAAUCAACAUCAGAAAUUACAUCCCAAACCCUCCUUUCUUCAUCAAAAAUAAAUAUUGAAUAAUGAACUUCAGUAAAUCAAACAGGAAAAGCCCCCCAAUAAAACACUUUGUCAGACAUUAAAGUUUAUCACUGUCUCCAAAGUUGGAGAUCAAUUCAUUCAUGAUAUAAUUUUAUACCAAAUAGACAAAAUAAUGAACUGAAAAAUUAAUUAGUAAAACAGGAACUUAUAUUACAUUUAGCUUAGUGUUUGGUACAGUUCUGUUCUCAUAAGCAACUUAAGGUACCCAGUGAUUUUUGCUAGCUUUGUUACCAUUUAUUAUGCAUAUUUAUAUGUAUGAUGAUUUACUCAAAUUUUUCUCUCUUUAGUUUGUUUUAGGAUUGGGAAAUGACUUACCAAGCAUGUUGCUCUGUUCUGGAACUCUACAAGUGAUCAUCUGAUUCAUGAAUAUUCAGGGACAGAGAGUCAAAAUUGCAGUGGGUCCUAUGAAAAUGUAGAAAAGAUGAGCAAGAGAUGGUCUUACCCCUCAGUUAGUUAACAAGACUAUAUGAGAAAAAAACAAGAUAGAAGACAUAGAGAAUUAAUAUCUACAUGUAGAAUUAAAAUCUACAAAUAACAGAAGUUCAGAGAAAUAAGAUUGGAGACUCAGAAAUAUUAUAAUUUGGCUGAAAGGGAAGGAAGAUAGGGGAAUGAUAUCAACUAAAUGAUAAAAGUGAGAGUAAGUUGGGGAUUUGUCCUCAUUUGACAUUCAUUAGAAAGAUCUAGCUAUCCUAGAAGAUGCUAGUUAAGAUUUCUGGAAAAUAAUAUUGGCAACAGGCUAUGGAAGCUCUUCAAAGCUACUGAGAAAUAUGUAGAAUUAUAACUUUUUAUUAGGCAAAAUAAGCCUAAAAUUUUAAAUAUGACUGAGAUACAAUCGUUUGGUUAUAUUAACUUUAGGGGGCCUUUUUAAAAAGGAUUUACUUAUUCAUACAAGAACUGAGGUAGAGGCCAGAGGUGUGGGGGCGGUGAGAGGAUUCACCAGAGACAGAGCAGGGAGCAGGACAGGCAGACUAACUGAAAUACACUGCUGAGGGGAGUAGGGGGUGAGUCAGGAGAGGUCUGCUGCUCCAUGUGGGCAGCCCCCUGGCCAGGGAUCGAACCCAUGCUACAGUGGCCGCAAACAGCCCCAUAGGCUUCGUCCUAACCCCUUCCACCACCAGGGAGGCCCUUUAGGGGGCAUUUUUGAAAAGACAUUUUAGGUAAUGCUCAUAUGGAAAUUGUCAUCAUGAAAUCUUCUAAUAUAUUGAUAAAAAUAGGCAAAUGUUAAACACUAAUGAUACUCAUCUCAGGCUUAGUCCAAAGCUUUAGCUCAGAGUUUGGAGAAUCAAAGUAUGUUUCAUUGU